GGGGGGGGCGACGCCGCUUCCGCCCGGCGCCAAGAUGGCGGCGCCCUUUGUCUGGUCCGUGUCACGGUGAGCGCCGCGGGCGGCGAUGUGAGGCCCCCGCCGGGCCCGGCAUGGCAGAUCCCCAUGCCUGGGAGCCCUGACUCUUCUGUUCUCCUUUUGGUACUUCCUGGCCUCAAAAGUGCUGCUGUUUAUGCAGCUGAGAGACGCAAACGCCUGCUGGAGGGCCACGAGGGAGCACUAGGACCUGUGGACAAGAGAAAUCAUUUCGAUGAGAAGUAGCAGAGCUGAUACAGUGGUGAUGGCCUGAGGAUAGAGCGAAGCAAGCCAUGGAUUUCCCCCAGCACAGCAAGCAAGUCCUGGAGCAGCUGAACCAGCAGCGGCAGCUGGGUUUGCUGUGCGACUGCACCUUCGUGGUGGACGGCAUCGACUUCAAGGCCCACAAAGCCGUGCUGGCGGCCUGCAGCGAGUACUUCAGGAUGCUCUUUGUCGACCAGAAGGAUGUGGUGCACCUCGACAUCAGCAACGCGGCAGGCCUGGGCCAGGUCCUGGAGUUCAUGUACACCGCCAAGCUGAGCCUGAACCCUGACAAUGUGGAAGACGUGCUUGCCGUGGCCGGCUUCCUGCAGAUGCAGGAAAUAGUCAGCGCUUGCAACGCGCUGAAGUCUCUCGCGGUGCCAGCAGAAAGCGCUGCGCGGAGCCAGGAGGGCCCUGCGGAGAUCGGCACUGAGAAAGUGGCUGAUGAAGACAAAACAGCAGCAGCAGAGGGACCAGGUGACUGUGAUGAAGCAAAGCAAAUGCCUCCCGGGCAGGAAGGGAAGGAGGAGACGCUCAUGGCCAUGACAGCGCGGCCUGAGGAGCAGACGGAGCAACUGGAGAGCAAAGCGAUUGCCGCCGAAGAUGAUGCUGUCCGAGAGGUCCCGCCUGCCGAGUUUCCCAGCCGCCAGCCGUCGGCAGAGAGCGUGAUCGGCAGCAGCCCGGUGGUGAAGGGCAGCGUCCCUCCGGGCGCCGAGCAAGGUGCCGGGUUGGGAGAAAUGGAGUUGGAAGGAAAGGAGGAAGACGAAGAGACGACAGGGGAGGAAGAGGAGGAAGCUAAAAUCGUUGAGGAAGAGCAACCCAGGUUACAAAACGGUGAAAACGCUGAGGAUAACGAAUCAGGGAGCACAGACUCUGGGCAGGAGAAUUCAGGCGAAACCCGGCUGCUGCGUUCGGGUACUUACAGCGACCGGACCGAGUCGAAAGCCUACGGCUCCGUCACGCAUAAGUGCGAGGACUGUGGGAAGGAAUUCACGCACACGGGGAACUUUAAGCGGCACAUCCGCAUUCACACCGGAGAGAAGCCCUUUUCCUGCAGGGAGUGUAACAAGGCCUUCUCUGACCCGGCUGCUUGCAAAGCCCAUGAGAAGACGCACAGCCCACUGAAGCCCUACGGCUGCGAGGAGUGUGGGAAGAGCUACCGCCUCAUCAGCCUGCUAAACCUCCACAAGAAGCGGCACACAGGGGAGGCCAAGUACCGCUGCGACGACUGCGGCAAGCUCUUCACCACCUCUGGCAACCUCAAGCGGCACCAGCUGGUGCACAGCGGCGAGAAGCCAUACCAGUGCGACUACUGCGGGCGCUCCUUCUCCGACCCCACCUCCAAAAUGCGGCACCUGGAGACCCACGACACCGACAAGGAGCACAAGUGUCCCCACUGUGACAAGAAAUUCAACCAGGUGGGGAACUUAAAGGCGCACCUGAAGAUUCACAUCGCAGACGGGCCCCUGAAGUGCCGGGAGUGCGGCAAGCAGUUCACCACUUCAGGCAACCUGAAGCGUCACCUGCGGAUCCACAGCGGGGAGAAGCCCUAUGUGUGCGUCCACUGCCAGAGGCAGUUCGCCGACCCCGGGGCGCUGCAGCGGCACGUCCGCAUCCACACGGGAGAGAAGCCGUGCCAGUGCCUGAUCUGCGGGAAGGCCUUCACCCAGGCGAGCUCCCUCAUCGCCCACGUGCGCCAGCACACAGGCGAGAAGCCUUACGUGUGCGAGCGCUGCGGCAAGAGGUUUGUGCAGUCAAGCCAGCUGGCCAACCACAUCCGCCACCACGACAACAUCCGACCCCACAAGUGCACCGUCUGCAACAAGGCCUUCGUCAAUGUGGGCGACCUCUCCAAGCACAUCAUCAUCCACACCGGGGAGAAGCCGUUCCUGUGUGACAAGUGCGGUCGUGGGUUCAACCGUGUGGACAACCUGCGCUCUCACGUGAAGACGGUGCACCAGGGCAAGGCAGGCAUCAAGAUCCUGGAGCCGGAGGAAGGUGACGAGGUCAACAUCGUCACCGUGGCCUCCGACGACAUGGUGACGCUGGCCACCGAGGCGCUGGCUGCUACCGCCGUCACGCAGCUUACAGUGGUCCCCGUGGCGGCGGCAGUGACAGCGGAUGAGACUGAAGCACUUAAAGCGGAGAUAACCAAAGCCGUGAAGCAGGUGCAAGAAGCAGACCCCAACACCCAGAUCCUCUAUGCCUGCGACUCGUGCGGCGAGAAAUUCCUGGACGCCAACAGCCUGGCGCAGCACGUCCGCAUCCACACGGCCCAGGCCCUCGUCAUGUUCCAGGCCGACACGGACUUUUACCAGCAAUACGGCGCUGCCACCACCUGGCAAGCGGAGCAGGUGAUCCAGUCGGGAGAGCUGCUCUUCCGGGCCCGCGACGGCGCAGCCGAGGUGCCAGCGCCGUUGGCUGAGGCGCCGCCGCCGGCCGAGGCUCCGGCCGAGUGACCCGCGGGUCUCCCCCAUCUCCUCCUCCUCUGCGCCCUCCGCCGGCCGGGGAGCCGCCUGGCCCUCCCUCUGCUUUGCCACCCGGGUUUAUUUAAAGACAGCUCCUUGGAAUGAUGUAAAAAGUGUAUUUCUGUAAUGAGAGAGAGAGAGAAAAAACUAAAAUUCGCUCUAAAGUUGUGUAAUAUCUAGAAGAAAUAAAUUGCGUUAUUUUCUAAA